UUGCGCUAAGCGCUGGAUACGCUCUUACUGACUCUACUGUAAGAGCGUAUCGGACUUAAUAUCGUCACUCAGUUAGGUGUGUGAGUGUGUAACCUAACUGAGAUGAUGUCUGCGUUUGAGUUGCGCUCGUUCAGCACUUGUUUAUCUUGGUCGCUUCGCCCAGCUUCAGCCUCAAUAGUAGUAGUAACUAUGGCACCAACUCAACUUUCUGUUGAACCGCAUUUAAACAGUUAGUUACUGACAAUACGCUGACCGCUUUGGAUAUACUCGCCACAGCAUUCGGCUACGGUACGUCGCUCUCACGUCUAGCUGAACUCUGAUCAUCAAACGUCGUACUCGGCGCGUAGUUUAUAACGCUCAGCGGUUAAGUCCAACACAAUUUCAAAGACAGUCAGAGCGGAGCUUUUAUAAACGAACAACAGUAGUAGACGCUGAUCGCGGAUCGCGUAAAUCGAAUUUAUAUUGGAUGGAAUUUUUGUGUGUUUUUCACGGAUUUCUUUCUUUCUUCUGAGCUCCAGCCAUAUCCGUCGUCUCGUCGUCGUCAACGCAUGCCGUACCACACACCCCCCGCGCUCGUGUUGAUUGUGUGACUUUUAUUAUUGUUGUUGUUAAUAAUUGUUAUUUGUAUUGUUGUUGUUGCAUUGUAUAUGUAGUUGCAGCGUAGUCGCGAGUGUGUGAUUUUUGUGUUUUGUCAUGAUUUCAUACUUGUACUUGUACUAAGUCAGCAGCUGACGGAAAAAAGUGCUGUUGUUGUUGUGUGUAUAUGCGCUGGCGUACUAAGUAGAUAACUGCAAAGUCGAAACGAGCGAAAUUUGCGUAUCGGCGCUCAAUUGGAUUGUGCGUAAAAACGGUUUGGCGAAUUUCGCAACUUUUUUGUUGUAAUUUUUGUGAACUUUUUUUUCAAUUUUAUUUAUUUGUUAAAUAUUCGCAACAGACUGGUUCUGUACCGUCCACACCGCGCAAAUAACUUACACAUGCGCCUUUGUUUUGGAUACACACACACACAAACAAAUCUGCAAAUAUUUUCAUAUUUACUAUCGCGCUACAAACAAACAAACAUAUGUAUGUAUGUGUUAACGGCCAGACGUUGUUGAUAAGCGAAAUUGCGCGUAAAAUCGUAAUAAUUGAAAAUAUUGUGGAAACUGUUUCAAUAAAAAUGCACAAAAGCUGCGUAAUUUUAUAGAAAUUUCAAGCAAACCAGAAAAUGUGUUUAUCGACUGCUGGAUUUCAUUGUGGAUACGUGUAAUUUCUGUUGCGGAUAGGCGUGGAAAUUCCAUAGAAAAGUAUUUUUAGUACAACGCAGAAGACAGAAGGAUGCUUCAAAGGCAACACAAAACACCCCUACAACGAUUCUAUGGACAUGGACUUUCUUUCUGAUCCAAUUUUUUCGGAUCUUGAUCGAUCCGAUUUCAUUGGUGGCAUCGACAAUGAGGCAAUCGAUUUCGGUAAUCUGGAACAGUUCAUGCAGGUUGAAGCCGCUGUUGGACAGCUGGAAGCGCAAAAUAGUUGCAUAAAUGGAAAUAAUAACACGCGUGAGAACACAAAUCAACACCAGCAGCAACACCAAACACAGCAACAGCAACAUAAUCCACAUCAUCAACAAAUUAACUCGGUGGAUGGAAACAUAUCAUUAGUGAGCGUAUCGGCGCGUGUAAGUUUAGCCUCCACACCUAUAGCGACACCCAUACCGACCGCGGUUGGUCACGGCACACCGCAUAUGCCCGAUAGUCCGCCAGAUUCCGGUUCCGAGCCACCCUAUAGUCCGCUACAAGAUGCACAUGGACUCACACUCACCUCGCGCGACGUCUACAAUGGUCUCGCCACCAUGCAGCCGGACAUGCAACUGCAACCGCAAUAUACACCACCGCAUCAAACACAAGCACAAGCGUCACAUCACCAUCAACAACACCAACAUCAGCAACAACAGCAACAUCUGCAGCACAACACCAAUCACCACAGCAACAACAAUGCCAACCAACUACAUUAUAAUCACAAUCAUUCGCCAACUGCGCCACCAAACGACACAAUGGGCGGCAUACGAGUGAAACACGAAGCCGGUCUGAUCAUAGAUCCUGCCACGCUCACACAUACGCAUGCGAACUCCAUCAGCACACACGCGCAUGGCGAACACAAUGCCAAUCAUGGUCAUUUGAAUUUACCGCCACCACAUCAGUUGUUGUAUUCGAAUCAGCACAGCAACAGCAACAAUCAACAUAAUGCGAACAACAGCCACUUGCUGUCUUAUGAGAAUCUACAUGGUGGCAACUUUCCCUCAGUGAAUUAUCCAAAUGUGACUAUUGUUAAUGGUCUGGAUGUGAUGCAAACACAUGCCACUUCCUGCGCGCUAACCUCGGCGUUGAGCGAGGUGCCACGCGUUCAGUUGGUCGGUACGAGUCAAGCGAUUCCACCGCAACACAGUCGUUCGUCGUUGCCCACAACACCAGUGCAUAUGUCGUCGUCCCGCAAACGGAAACUCUCCACGCAGCUGGAUUGUCCGGACUUCACCAGCAUUAAACCCGACCCGGGACUGCGCAUGAGUCCAACGCAUGGCGUCGCAGCUGCGGAGUCGCAAACACUCAGCGCCUCCUCACCUGUUACCAUCGCACUACCUGCACAUGCGACUUCGAGUGACAUGACGAGCACACCCGCACACUCAGCUGCCUCACUAUCUCCCGCGCUGUCAACUAUCAACUCGAAUGCCGACAACAGUCUGGACGGCAAUAACACGGCGGCUAGCGGCGAAGGUGGCGGCGACAGUAAUGCGCUAACGCCGUGCAUACGCUUCAGUCCAUUCCAGCCACAAAAUUGGCAUAAACUCUGCGAUCAGAGCUUACAGGAGAUCGCGGUUGUUUACUAUCGCGUCGACGCAGAUAAGGGUUUCAAUUUCUCGGUGUCGGACGAUGCGUUCGUUUGCCAGAAGAAGAAUCACUUUCAAAUCACUUGCCACGCACGUCUGCAAGGCGAUGCGAAGUUUGUAAAAACACCGUCCGGUCUCGAAAAGAUCAACUCCUUUCAUUUGCACUUUUAUGGUGUGAAAUUGGAAGCGCCAAAUCAGACGAUACGCGUUGAACAAAGCCAAUCGGAUCGUUCGAAGAAACCGUUCUAUCCAGUGCCUAUCGAUCUGCAGAGUCACAUUGUUAGCAAGGUAACAGUCGGUCGUUUGCAUUUCUCAGAAACUACCAACAACAACAUGCGUAAGAAAGGACGCCCCAAUCCAGAGCAGCGUUACUUUCAGUUGGUGGUGGGCUUACAUGUCCACACCAUCUCCGGUAACUUUCCCAUCAUCAGUCAAGGGAGUGAACGCAUUAUUGUGCGCGCCUCUAAUCCGGGACAAUUUGAGUCCGAUGUCGAUCUUUGCUGGCAACGUGGCAUCACACAAGACUCGAUUUUCCAUGCCGGACGUGUGGGCAUCAAUACAGAUCGCCCCGAUGAGAGUUUGGUUGUGCAUGGCAACUUGAAGGUAUCCGGUCAUAUAGUGCAACCCAGUGAUAGUCGCGCUAAGCAUGAGAUCGGCGAAUUGGAUACGUCCGUGCAAUUGCGCAACUUACAGAAAAUACGUAUUGUACGCUACCGUUAUGCGCCCGAAUUCGCCGUUCACUCAGGUCUGAAGCGUUCGUGUGAGAGCGACAGCGAAGAGAUCGUCGAUACGGGCGUGAUUGCGCAGGAGGUGCGCGAAGUUAUACCAGAUGCGGUACAAGAGGCUGGCAGUAUUGUGCUGCCGAACGGAAAUGUCAUUGAGAACUUUCUGCUCGUCAAUAAGGAUCGCAUUUUAAUGGAAAAUAUUGGUGCGGUGAAGGAACUGUGCAAAGUCACCGGUUCGCUGGAGACGCGCAUUGAAGAUUUGGAGCGAAAUAAUCGUCAGAUCAGACAACACGAAUUUGAGCAGCGCAGCAAACAAUACCGUUUCGCGAAAAGUUGUGGUGCACGUGGCGGUUAUGAGAUCUGUUCUAACAAGUCCCUGCAAGUUGUUAUAUUUAUAUUAGUAAUCGUAAUGGCAGCCUGUCUGGCUGCCGUCUCCACACUCUAUUUCGUCGAGCACAACAAACAGCGUUACAACUACAAGCAACUGGAUCGUCUUCAGUUCCACAGCAAUGGUCAUCUGCUCGGUCAUGAUUCGGUUUUCAUAAACGAACAGGAAGGUUACAUCGUACAGGUGCAUAAUGUGCUCAAUCGUAAUAAGACCUCAAAUCAUAGUGGCACAUCACGUCCGACGGGUUAUCGAAAUUAUACACGUCCGCGUCCCGAGAUAAUAUACGAUGAAAGCAUUGAUCCGUACUCACAAAACGGACGCACGGAUGAACUAACGGUCGUUAUGGAGAAACCACUCGUAAGUGUGCAGCCACUACAUCCACGUAAGGAUACGUUUAAAGUGACGACCACGGCACCGCUACUACGCAUCAACAAGACCAUCAGCAGUAAAAACAAGUCCAAGUGGCCACAGGCACAAGUUGUGCCCAAAAUAAUAGCGUCUUUCCAAAAUACACGCGCCACAAGUGGCACACAAACCGAGAAUAGCGCAAAUCUAACAUUACAACAGAAACGCAGCGGUACGCUGGGUGCUAAUGAGACCACAUCGGAGAAGGUGACCGACACUGCGUCGUUGACACACGAUUUCGAUAACAAUUCCAUCGAUAUCGAUGCACAACAUUUGACGAAGAAGGCAACGCCUAUACGAGAUUCAGUGCCGCGUGCGAUCACCUCACACGAAGAAACACUCUCGGAAAAUGCUGAAACUAUUGCCGACUCCAUCGGCGCCAUUGUGAGCACAUCCAGUAGCGAUGUGAAUGGCAAAAACAAUGUCAACCACAGCGAUAACAUCAACAAGAAUACCAAUUUGAAUGCUAACAACAAUGUGCCAGAUACCACUGCCCCGGCGUAUAGUCAUCGUUCGCACAUUGUCUACAAAGCGGUUUCGCCACCAUCGGCACUACUGCCACUCACAACCAACAAGGUGACAGUUGAAGCCAUCCUCAGCAAUUACACGUUAGACGCAGUGGGCACUGCCUAUGCCAAUAAAAGUGAGGCGGUGCUGCAGAAGAAAGUGGUUAGCACGGAUCUCUUGGACUUACAGAGCUUGAGCAACACCAAUGAAUCGGUGGAUAAUCCCAUAACCGCAUUAUUUGGUUUCGAUUUUGGUUGGGGGCGCGAAUCGGUGCUCGGUCGUAGAUCAACUUCUCAGCGUAGUAUCGGUCGCAUACAAUGUAAAUUUGUGCGAGUGGAGAUGUUUGGUGCACCACCGCAAUGCACACAGAAGCCUACCAAUGAUGAGGUGUCUAACUGUCAGUCAUUUUGCUUCGAGGAAACCAAUCAAGCACUUCGAUCUAGCCUAACAGGCAUCCCACGCGGUAAGGAAGACACAACAGCACCAGAAAAACAACUAAGCAAUGAAAAUUUACCAUCAUCCGAAUCGAAUGCCGACAGUGCCGACACGGAUACAGAUCCAGACACACAACCACGUGCACUGGCCACGCCCAUUCUCUCAACUAACGCCACAUUUAUUGGAACGGACAAAAAAACACAAGUUGUAGAAGUCUCAAGCGAACAACGUUCGGAUCUUUCGGACGCUUCAAAAGACACCUCCGCAUCCGAUGAGCGACUCGAUGUCGAUGUAAAGACGGCAGAUGAUACAAUUGGCGCACAAGCGGAUAGUGCAGCAUCCGCUGAACUGCAAGCAGCAGCAGCCGCAGCGACAGCACAAAUCGAUUGUUGGCAAAUCGACAGCUGUUUAAUUGCUGAGACACACAACGAGACGUUUGGUAUGGAGCAUCACUGUCCGCUGAAUGGCAAGUCGUUGAAUAUGACCUAUAUUAUACCGUUGUCGCGGUUCUUCAAGGAAUCGAGCAUACAAUUGCAAUUGACCUCCUCUGUGCCACUAUUAUGGACCAUUUGUAGUAAUCGCGAACUGACUAAACAUCAGGGCGCUCACCUAUUGCAAUCAUCGGCGCAUCAACUGAGCGCCAACAUUGUACAACGUCAGGCAAAUGUGUCGGUUAUCUACUUUAAUAUACCCACUCGUGGUUAUUUCGUACGAAGUUUGGCUUUACGCGCAACCGCGGCGGAUUCGAAAAAGCAAAAUAUUUGCCAGGAGACAGCACACGAAACAAACACUUUACUGCAGUACAACUUUAGCAUCGUAAGAGAUUGUGAUUAGUGAUAGAUUGAAUUGAAUGGAAUUUCCUGAACAAA